AUGUUAAUAAGAAUUUUGGUCGCUACAGUGUUAUGUUGUUCAGUCGGUCAUACGGAAACUGCAAAUUCGUGCAACGGCUUAUACGGCAAUUUUUCUCAACAUUUAGCCUCCAGCACGCCGUAUAGAUACAUUGCCAACUACAACACAACACCUGUUGAAUUUGAAGGUAAUUAUGAACAAUAUUUAUUCAACAAUGUUACUAAUGCGAUUAACAAGAAAUCGUACCUAGAUGUAAAUGUAUUAUUUUGGUGAUUAGGGUGUAACGCAUCGAAAAUUUGGCUAGUUGUAAGGCAUGGUACACGAACGCCUGGAAAAGAAUCUCAUGAAUUUUUGAAAAAAAGGAUACUAGAAAUCCAUCAAGACUUUAUCAAUAAUUUGGUUGAACACGAAGGUACAUAAUUUCAAAUUUCUUUUUACAUAUCAAUUUAAUCAUAGAUAACAAUAACGUUUCUUUUUUUUGCAUUGGUAAAAAGGUAUCAUUAAAAGUUCAAUAAAUAAGUAUUUAAAAAAAUAAAUUUUCUUGUCCAUUAGUGUUUAGCUAGACAGGUUGGACAAAUUAAAAAAUGAUAGAGUAAGUUCAACAAAUAAAUAUAAACUUAGAGAAUCCAAUCACUUCAACAUCCUUACUUUAUUGACUAGACCACUUGGCCCAUACAUUUUUGUUUAAACUGCAUCAUUAGCUGUAACAUAUAUACUAUUCAAUCAUUUUUAAUCAAUCAAUUUAUUAUCAAAGUAAUCAUAAAUUUUGAUACUGAAACCUAAACCAACAAAUUUUGAAGUACACGUGGUGUAUGACAAAAUGAGCUAACAAAAUACCUUAUAGUACAGUUUGAAAACUUUACUAAAAUCUCAAUUUUCACUUUUAGAUUCCGAGCGUAGCGAGCGAGCUAUUUGUUUUUACUAAGAUGUUUAUUUCUUUUAUUUUUUUUCUUCUGGUCUGUGGACAUAUUUUUCCUAUUAAACUUGUUCCGAUUUUUAUGUGUAGCAACUUUUCUAAAGCUCAAGUUAUCGUCUAGAUGGUACCUUGAAGACGUCAUUUUUUGAUUUUCGACGCCAUUUUUCUAAUAAAAACACGAACGUUUUCUACCAAAAAAAAAAAAAACGAUUUAAUCGAAAAAUCACGAGACAUCUUUUUUGUUGCCUUUUUGAUCUCCUUUCUUAUGAUCUCAUCCCCAAAAUUCGAGUUCUUAAGGAAUUUUAAUUUUUGGGAGUUGUUUGCUGUAAUUCAGUUAUAAAUACAUAUAGAGACUUGAAACUUGGUAAUAAUACUUAUAUUGGACUUACCUAGACUUGGUAAAAUUUGACCAAAUGAUCCAAAAUGACUAGACGAUUGUUUUUUUAAAAAAAUCAAAUUUCAACAAAAAUCGCAAAAAAAUUACGGCACUUCAAAUUACGGGUCUGUUCUCGGAAUCGUCUUUCGUCAAGCAGAGAUUUAUUGUCAUAUUAUGGUAAAAUAAUUAUAUUUGUUUAAUUUGUAUCUAUUUUUUUGAUUUUUUAUGUUUUUUUACAUUUAUUGGUAAAAUUCUUGAGAAAAUCUAAAAAUAACCUUUCUAAGGUACCUUCCCAAUCAGAUUUCCUUUUAAAAAAAUUACUAUUAUAUAGGAGUAAAAUUGCUGGUAGACAAAUUGUUGACAGGACAGGAAAAUAAAAAUAAAAAACAUUUUUUUUUUUUCAACCACUUAGAAACUAAAAUAACAUUUUAUUUUUAUUUAAUUUGUGACUUUUAAUUAUUUAUUAAAUUUUAGGAAAAAAAGCGUAUAAUCAAUUAGUGAGUGAAUAUGAUUACAGCCAGCUGUAUAAAUUUAGGUACUUUUCUCUAAACUUUAAAUAUUGAUAAAAAAUCACGAAUUUAAUGAAAAUAAAAAGUUCAAACAUCAACAUUAUCAGAAGAAUAAACUAUAAAAUGACUAUCUUUAAAUUGUUUAAAAAUAAUAAAAUAAAGUUAGUUUUUAGUUUUUUUUACCAAAACAUAAAAAGCUUAAUUCAAUUAUAAAUAUUUGUAGUACUUAUCCCUGCGAGUAUUACAAAAAAAGUCAGAAUUUGAUUAUCUUUAUUAUUCAAGAGGCAUUGCAAUGGGUAUAUUCUUGUGGGAGUAUCCUUCCAACAAGUACAAGACUUAUACCUAUAUAUUAUAUAUCUCAGGCCAGUGGUGAUAUAUGCAUGUAGUAUUUGGGCUACAACAGCUGGUGAUAAAAAUAGAAUAAAUAUUUUUGAAAGAAAAGUGUUAAGGAGAAUUUAUGGACCUAUAUAUAACCUAUAUAUAACCCCAAUACUCAAGGUUGAGUAUGAAGGACAAACAAACAGCUGAAUCAAAUAUACAGAAAAAAAAUAUUGUCAAAUUUAUAAGAGGUGCAAGAUUGGAGUGGGUAGGCCACGUAAGAAAGACUGUACUUGUGAACAACAUAAAUAAGAAAAGACCUCAUGGCCGGCUGAAGCAAAGAUAACUGGGUGUAGGUAGAAGAGACAUAAUGGACCUGGAGUGGAGACUGGAGUGGAAUGGAAACUUAAAUCAUACAUAUAACAGGGAAAAAUGGAAACAACUAGUAUUGACUGCAAAGGGGAGCCUAGCUGGCCUGUAAAAGAAAAAAAAUGUUUUAAAAUAUCUUUGUAAAACACCCAGUUAAUUAAUAUUAAUACAUACUUUUAACUAACUUAGUGAUAAAACAUUAAAAUUUAAUUAUGAAUAAUAAAAUAAUCACAUAUUCUCUUAUUUAGGUAAUUUAUGUAAUGCAGAUGAAAUUAAAUCAUGGAGUUUCAAUAAGAAAAUGAAUAGUCCAAAAUGGUUGACUGAAGAAGGAGAAGAUGAGCUUUUCACUAUUGCUGAACGCAUGAAACUACGAUUUCCUCAAUUAUUAAAUAAAACGUUUGAAAAUACAAAUUAUUUGGUAAAUUAUCAUUAUGGUGUGAUCUAUAUGUAAGUAAUAUAUUUAUUAGCAUACUUAUCUAGUUUAGAUAUUCUAAUACUCAAAGAGCUAAAAUCAGUGCUCAACAAUUUGCAUCUGGUCUGUUUGGACGUAAUGAAGUUGAGAAAAUACCACUUGAUAAAUCAUUGAAUGAAGAAUUAUUAAGAGUGAGUUAAUUAAAUUUCAUUAUCUUAAAUAAUUUAAAAAACUAUUCACUUGUUCAAUUGUUGUUCAUAUAAACUGUGUUAAACAACAUUAGUAGUAGCAUCAAUGGUAGAAGAUACCAUUUAGGUGAUCAAAAAAAUCAUUAUUUAGUAUAUUAGUUAUUUAUACUAAUGUUAUUAAUAUCAAAAAUUAAGAAUGGUACAAAUUAUAAUUAAAAGAAAAAAAAGGAAAAUAUUAGUUAUUCCUAGGUGUGUUGUGUGAACUGGUUUACCUUAAUUGCAUAGAUAUUUUACAUCUAACUGGUAACUGGUCAAUAUUUGAUCUUCCAAUUGUCUAGACUUAAUAACAAUUUUUAACGUAUUUUAAGCCUUUUUUUUAUGUUUACACUGAGUUAUGGAGGAUCUGUUUUCACAAUACUUCCCCACUGCUACCAUCAUUUAUUGAUAAAUUUAAUUAAAUAUUGAGUUAAACUCCCGUUUUCCUCUUCACAGGAUAGGCUCACAUUAUACUUAAAGUAUUUUUCAUAAUAAAUUGGGAAAAACCAAAAAAGAUUAAAUCUAUAAUUUUUAAGUAGGUAGUAACUGAACUUUGCUCCGAAUAGUUUUUUGUUAUCAAUAGUUUAAGAGGACUUCACACUGACAUCUACCUACACUGUCUCCAUCUUACAAACAUGAGACAUAAUAAAUUUGAGUUCUGUAGUACACAUUUUCUGCCAUUUUAAUAUUAAGGCAAAUUAACUUAUUACCAAAUUUAGAGGUAAGAAGAUACUUGCAUGAUUAUACAUGCUCUAGCAUCAAUGUUUUAUUCAAUAUUUUAAUUUGAAAGCAACAUAUAAUUAUUUUUAAAUUGUGAUAUUUAAUAUACUCAUAUUUCAUUGAAAAAUCAUUAACACUAUAGCACAUAUUAUAAUCUUCUUACCUUUAAAUUUGGUAAUAGGUCAAUUUGCUUUAAUAUUAAAACUAAUGGCACAAAAUGUAUCCUACUGAACGCAAAUUUGCUGUCGCACAUAUGUAAGAUUAAGACAGUAGAUAUCAGUGUGGCGUCCUCUUAAUGUUGGUUACAGUUAUAGAUUAAAUAACUUUAUAUAUACCACCUUCCCCACUAUCCAUCUUCAACAGUGACCCACCCGUGGUGCUAAGUAUAUCCGUCUGGUAUUUAUAAUUAAUUAUGCUUUACUAAAGCUAAGACAUCAAAAGGAGAAAGAAGAAAUUCAAUAUCAAAAUCAUCCCGAAAAACUGGAAAAUACAAAAAAAAAUAUACAAGAACUAGAAGAGCUUAAAUCUGCAAUAGACCUUCAAGUCAUCCAAAAAAACAUACAGAUUUAUUAUUAUAAGCCCUAAGUAAAAAUGAUUCUGUUAUAGCAAAAUAAGCUCAAAGUAUGAUCAAAACAGAAACAAAACUAAGAAAUGAAGAGUGAAGUGUGAAAAAGAACCAGAAGUAGAACCCAUUUGUAAAAAAAUUAAAAAAAAGAAACAGCCUAAUCAGUAAUUACUAAUUUUAUAAAAAUGUAAUGAAAAUUAUUAAGUUCUUAUUAAACACAUUACCUAUUUAGUAAUUGACGAAAAAAAUUGUCUGUUAUUUUAAUGUUAGUGUAAUUAUUUACCAGAAACUUGAUUAAUUUAAUUUUAAACUUAAAUCUAGGUAGAUUGAUUAUGUUAGUUACCAAACUUAUUUUAAUCAUUUAUGUAUUAUAUAAUCUUGUAACCUUAUUCUCUUGUUAAUUUUUAAAGUUAAAUUGUUUAAUAAAAUAAAUUAUUAUAUUUGUUGACUAAAUUGUAAUUUUAAAUAAUACUUUAGGUAGUAAUUUUAAAAAUGUAUAAUUAUUGAAACUCAUUUAAAUGAAAAAAAGCUCACUUUUAAAAAAAAAAAAUCAGUAGCAACCUUGUAUUAUGUAUUUGUAUUUAAUACCAUACAAGAAUUUAUUAUUUGAUAAUAAUUGGAAUAAUUUAUGAAAUAUUUCAAAAUUAUUGAUUUCCAGUUUUAUGAAGUUUGCGAAAAAUGGAAAAAAGAUGUUAAAACGUCUUUUUUGGCAGCACUGGAAUACCACAAAUUUAUUGGAAGUCAAUUAACUAAUAAUACUUUAAAAAAAUUAUCUUCAAGACUUGGCCUAAAUUACACGUUAAAAUUCAGUUAGUAUUAGUACUCAUUAAUCUCAUUGCUUUUAGAAAUAAAAUAAGUAUAAUUAUUUAUUUAAGUGGAUGCAAAGAAUAUAUAUGUAUACUGUGCUUUGGAAACAGCAUGGGUAAAAUCUAAAAUCUCGCCGUGGUGUUCAGUUUUUGAUAAAACUGAUCUAAUGGUAAUUUACUAUAAAUAGAAAUUACUAAUAACUUAUAGGUAGAUCAUUUUAAUAGUUUGUAUACUUUAUAGGUUCUCGAAUACAGCGAAGAUUUGAUUCAUUACUUGAUGGAUGGCUAUACUUUUGAGUUAACAUGUCAACAAUCCUGUGUCCUAUUAAAAAAUAUGGUAGAACAUUUUGAGUAAGCUAUAAUGACAUCGUAUAAUUUUAAUAUGUGUGAAUUUUUUUUUAGAUUCUGAGUGGAGCGAGGAAUGUAUUGGUUUUAACAAUAAUGUUUAUUUUUUUUUAAUGGACAACUUUUCUACCAGCAAUUUUACUCUGAUUUACAAUGGUUGCACUUUUUCUGAAAGGAAAUCUGACUGGGGAGGUACUUUAGGAAGGUCAUUUUUUGAUUUUCCAGGAAUUUUUCCAAAAAGCGGGAAAAAACGGAAGAAAAUAGGUACAAUAUUAAACAAAUAUUAUUAAAGAAAAUAUAUAAUGCAUAUGUGAUAAUUUCACCAGAGUAUGAUAUAUAUGUUAUUGACAAAGCAACACUAUUAAUCUAACUCCGCUCAGAAUGGUUUCUUUCAUUAGGAAUAGUUAAUCGUUGCGUACAGAUGUAUAUUGAAUUAACCCCUCUACUACCUUCCUAACUUCACACAUACAACAGUGACGCACCCACGUGCAAAGUAUAUCCAUUUUUUUUAUUCUGAAGGUUGUGCCUCGUCACUUCAACCAAUUUUCUAAUUGUUCAACUAAUUUCUCAUUGACUUAUAAAAAUAAGACUUAUAAUUAUUAUUAAAACAUAGACUUAAAUCUAAUUUCUUCCUUAAGUUUUAAGAGAUUGUGUCUUCCACUUCUUCUUCUCUCAUUUACUUUUUCCUCCCUAAUGUAUUUAAUAAAACCAUUGUACCACAUAAUAUGUCUUAUAAAUUUGUUCCUAGUUUAAAUCAUUAUGAUGAUCAGUUUUUUUCUUCUGCCAUAUUUGUUACACCUACAUUAUUUUUCCUUCUCUUCUGCUUAUCUUCAUCACUCUAAGCCAUAUCCUCAUCUCCAAUGUCUUAAUUCUCCUUUACGUCUAGUGUCUAAUUUCUUCAUUUGUGAUGUAAUAUAUUUAUUGUUAUUUAUAGUAAUGAUGAUUUAAAUAGCAAAAAUGGUAUUUUCUAUUUUGCCCAUUCCGGAACUGUUUUAAAAUUACUUGGUUUAUUAAAACUUUAUAAAGAUGAAACUGAAUUGAAACAUGACAACUACUUUGAAAUGGAGAAUCGAAAAUGGAGGACUUCAAAAAUAGAUCCUUUUGCUGCAAACAUAGCAUUCGUUUUGUACAAGUACUUAAAUGAUUCAUCAGAUUAG